CACUUCCUUCCUCCAAUGCUUCUCCACUGCUACACCUCAACCUUCUCCCUCAUCUCCUCCUCUCUCCACCAUCCCGACGAAUCUCAAGACACAGUAAUCCGUCGCCGCCACAACUCUAGAUCCCUCUCUCUCUUCACCCGCCACAAUCAAACCCUAAAACACAACAACAAACCCCCAGAAACCUUCCUUCCUCCUCCUCCUCCGCGUCACGACGAUGAUAACGACAACGACAGAUCGAAGCUGCUCGAGCUCUCUCUCGUGACAAGAAGAACCCCACAGUUCCCUGGCUCAAUCUACGCCCAAUCUGCCUCCGAUCCCGACAUCGCCUCCUCUCUUCCUCCCCUCCGUAACUUCCUCUGCUCCUCCGAUGAUGAUGAGAGGGAGAUGAUAGCUAAGGCGCUGGAGAUUAGGAGGAAAGUGACGAAGGAGAUUAUUAAAGAGUGUUUGGUGAGGAAAGGGAGGUUUGGGAUCACGUAUGCGACUAAUGUCACUGAUCGUUUGGGUGAGUUUGUUGAUCAUCUUAUGAUUGAAGCUGCGGCGUUGAAGAGGUUACCGGAAUAUUCGGAGACGAGGUUUAAUAUUCGCGCUAGGACGGUGAUAGAGGACUCCAACUUUGUCCCGCUUGUAAGGUGGUUGAAGUACAAUGAGUUUUCAUACAAUAGAAUUGGGAAGGUCAUAUGCAUGUCCAAAGGAAACCUUGACUCCAUAAGAAUCAUGAUCGAGUGGCUCAAAUCCAUUCAUGUGAAAGGUGAAUUAAUCGCAGUUGCCUUGUUGAGAUCUGGAGACAACAUCUUGCAACGUAGCCGCAAAGAGCUGGACGAGAUUGUUGAGUAUCUAGAGAGCAAUGGUGUGAGGAGAGAUUGGAUGGGAUACGUGGUUGGUCGAUGUCCCGAGUUGCUUUCUUUCAGCAUGGAAGAAGUCAAAACCCGUGUUGAUUUCUUUUUGCUAAUGGGUAUGAAUCAGAAGGACUUUGGCACUAUGGUGUUUGAUUAUCCAAAGAUACUUGGGUUCUUUUCGUUCCAAGAGAUGGAGAAAAAGAUAAAUUACCUGAAAGAGUUUGGGCUUAGCACAGAAGAUGUAGGGAGACUAUUAGCCUUCAAGCCACACCUCAUGGGUUGCAGUAUCGAAGAAAGAUGGAAGCCUCUGGUAAAAUAUUUGUACUACCUUGGAAUCUCCAAAGAAGGAAUGAAAAGAAUUCUUGUCGUGAAACCAAUUCUUUACUGCAUUGAUUUGGAGAAGACAAUCGCACCAAAGGUUAGAUUUUUCCAGGAAAUGGGUAUUCCUAACGAGGCAAUUGGUAACAUGAUAGUAAAGUUUCCUUCAUUACUAACCAAUAGCCUCUACAAGAAAAUCAGACCAGUGGUGAUUUUUCUGUUGACGAGAGCAGGAGUAAGGCAGAAGGAUAUUGGUAAAGUUAUAGCAAUGGAUCCAGCUCUACUUGGAUGCAGCAUAGGGACGAAGUUUGAACCCAACAUGAGAUACUAUGUAUCGUUAGGGAUCAGAAUCCAUCAACUAGGUGAAAUGAUUUCUGACUUCCCUAUGCUGCUCAGAUAUAACGUUGAUAUACUACGUCCUAAAUACACUUACUUGAGAAGAACAAUGAUCCGUCCGCUUCAAGAUCUCAUUGAGUUUCCUAGGUUCUUUAGUUACUCACUGGAGCGUAGGAUAAUACCAAGGCACAACAUAAUGGUUGAGAAGAGAGUUAACUUCAAGCUCAGGUACAUGUUGGCUUGUACUGAUGAAGAAUUUGAGAGGAGAGUGACAGAGAAAGUGGAGAGAAGAGAGAGAUUCGAAGCUGGUCUUGACUCCGGUGAGGACUCUCAAUUGCUGGAUGAGACCAGCUCCGACGAAGAGGUUGCUUUCUCAGAUUCUGAGGAAGCAGAGGAGGAAUGA